GACUCCCUGUCAGGCGCGGCUCGACACCCCGGACGGGCUGGGUGAUACCGCGCCCUCGAGUCCCGGGAUGAGGGAGGGGGAGCCGCGCACCUGCCGGGGCCCACCCCGCUGUGCCGCCAGGGAGCGGAGCGCAGGGCACCUCCCGCCCCGGCGCGGCGGCGGCAGCCGAAAGGGCACGGCUCUGCACCCGACCGCCACAGCGUGGAGCCGGCGGCCGCCCACCCCCGCCGCCGCCCGCGCACGUGUGCCGGGGAAGGCGUUCGGUGCCGCUCGCCGCCCGGGCGGCGCUUCCCCUCGCUCCCCGCCACCUCCCCCCCUCCGCAGCGGGAGCGGAGAGCAGCCUCCGCCCGAAACGCCCGGCAGCGCCGGGGCCGCUCGCCGACGUGCCUCCUGCGCGGGCGGCCGCCUAGCCAGGACGUCGCCGCCGCCGAUGGCCGCCCCGCUGCCCGGUGUGCCGCGCGCCUCAGGGACGGUGGCGGAGCCCGCGGGCGGCAGCCCCCGCGGCGCGGCGGGCUCCCCGUGCCCGCUCCCCCGGCCCCCCGGGGGAGACCCGCCGCCCUCGCCCCCCGACAGGAGAAAACAGAAAGAUGACAAUAUUUUGGAGAUCUCAUCAAUUCCAAACCCUUUUCCUGAGCUGUGUUGCUCUCCAUUUGCAUCAGUUUUGUCAGCCAGUCUGUUGUCCAAGGAAACUUCAAGAAAAAAGCAGGUAAUUAAAGUGUAUAGUGAAGAUGAUACAAGCAGAGCUUUGGAAGUACCAGGUGAUAUAACAGCCAGGGAUGUAUGUCAGCUCUUGAUACUGAAGAACCACUACAUUGAUGACCAUAGCUGGACUCUGUUUGAACAACUUACCCACACAGGUUUAGGAAGAGCUAUAGAGGACCAUGAAUUAGUAAUGGAAGUCCAGUCAAAUUGGGUAAUGGAAGAAGAAAAUAAACUGUAUUUUAGAAAAAAUUAUGCCAAGUAUGAAUUUUUUAAAAAUCCACUGAGCUUUUUUCCAGAUCAUAUGAUAUCUUUUCCAAGUGAGACCCAUGCAGCUGUAAGCCACUCUGGGAUAUUACAGAUGUUCCUAAGCUCCAGCACGUAUCCUGAGAUUCAUGGUUAUUUGCAUGCAAAGGAGCAGGGAAAAAAAUCCUGGAAAAAGUUGUACUUUCUUUUGCGAAGAUCUGGGCUUUAUUUUUCCACUAAAGGUACAUCUAAGGAGCCAAGGCAUCUGCAGUUUUUCUGUGAAUUCAGCAAUAGUGAUAUGUACAUGUCUUUGACAGGCAAAAAGAUUUCUGGAGCACCAACAAACUAUGGAUUCUGCUUUAAGCCUAACAAAUCAGGAGGAACCAGAGACCUGAAACAGCUCUGUGCAGAUGAUGAGCAAAGUAGGACCUGUUGGAUGACAGCAAUUAGGUUGCUUAAGUAUGGGAUGCAGCUGUAUCAGAAUUACAUGCAACCAUAUCAAGGUAGAAGUGGCUGCAGCCCUUUGAAUAUAACACCUAUGAGGAGCAUUUCAGAAAACUCUUUGGUAGCAAUGGAUUUCUCAGGACAUAGAAGCAGAAUUAUAGAAAAUCCAACAGAAGCCCUGUCAGUUGCAGUUGAAGAAGGAUUAGCGUGGCGGAGGAGAGGUUGUCUACGACUCAACUCACAUGGUAGUCCUAUUGCCAUGUCUAACAUGGCUAUACACAGAUCUCAGUCGUGGUUUCAUCAUAAAAUAUCUAGAGAAGAGGCUCAGAGACUUAUUUUGCAGCAUGGACUUGUAGAUGGGGUAUUCCUGGUACGUGAUAGCCAAAGUAACCCCAAAACAUUUGUAUUGUCAUUGAGUCAUGGAUUAAAAAUAAAGCAUUUUCAGAUUGUACCUUUGGAAGAUGAUGGGAAGCUAUUCUAUACCCUUGAUGAUGGUCAUACCAGAUUUACUGAUCUCAUCCAGCUAGUGGAAUUCUACCAACUUAAUAAAGGAGUACUGCCUUGCAAGUUAAAGCACUAUUGUGCACGAAUUGCUCUUUAACCAAAGCACCUGUUGUUUCAUCAAAGAGAAAGGAAGAUACUAGAAUACCUUUUCCCUUAAAGGCAAUUUGUAUAGUAAGAAGGGUAAAAAGCAUUACAUUGUAAAGAUUCUAUGUUUAAGUUGCAAAAAAAAUUUAUAUUCUAUAUAGAUAAGAAUUUUGCUUUGUGAUUGUCACAACAAACUUAACUUUAUGGUUUAAAAAAACCACAUUCUUUCCUAUGUAAUUCUUUAGUGUUGUCUUGGAUUUCUUUUGGGUUUUCUUUUUCAACUAAAAACAAUUAAUAAAAAUGAUAUUGUGUAACUUCUACAAAAAUAUAACUGAAGGGAAGAUCUUUGUUCUUAGGUUUAAAAUUAACUUUUUGUCUCUGAAUGCCUCUCAGUUUCUAUUCAUCACAUAAAAAAUAACAUUUACUGUGGUGAGGAUAAGAAGCUGAACUGCACAUUUUAUUUGUAAAUAAAAUGAGUAAAUAUUUUGCACUAUAUUUUUGAAUGCUACUUUGAAGAUUAUCAUAUCCAAAAAGUGAAAAAUCAUUAAAACCACUUCUAGCUGAUCAGUUGUAUUGAGUUGUGCUAUUACUAUUGUAAUAUUGUAAGGGACUUUUUUUCUCUAAUGACUAAAUCUACAUCAUUAUACAGGGCUGAAGCAUCACUUGCUUGGCUGUGAUACGUAUAAGCAUGCAGAAAGUAUCAUAUAGUGCAUAACAUAGUUUAGUAUAUGCCUACAGUCUCUAACAUAGAGGGAGAGAGAUCUGUUCUGUGGAUUGUUGCAGAGUUUGGGAGGGAAUCAACUUAAUUGCACUUAAAAAAUAAAGGUACCAUUAAAAUAUUUAUGAAUUUACAAUAUUUACAAUACUUACAAAUAAAGGUAAAUCCAGUGAGCUUUACUCUUUGCUGAGAACCUGGUGAGAGUGUAUUUGCAGUCAGUUCCUAGCUCAUUUUAUUAUUUACCACAGAGUAAUAAUUGCAACAUAGCUACCAGUCAACCAGUCUUUAGAGAUUACCAAACAGGUAACAUUUGAGCUAAAAGGAACUGUUUUGGUAGAGCAAGUCAAAUUUUGGACCAUAGUGUUAGAAAUACUUUUGGUAUCUGUGAUUUGAAAGAGAGAUGGAGCUGCUGCAUCCUUGAACAAAGACUGGAAUGGAGUGGGGCUUGGACUGAAAGAGGCAUCCCUGUCAUGAUGCUUUGCUGCCCAAUAGGUUUUAUCUUGUUAUGAGGGUUCAAGGACCUAGCCCUGGGUGUCUUUACUUGGGGUAAAGGCUGGAGUGCAAACCAGUGCUUGGAGAUGGACCAUCACACUGAAUCCAGCCCCUCCUGCCUGUGCUUGCUUUGAUUGUCAGACAACCCAGCUGUUCUGCUGUUGGAGCUGAUGAGAAAAGAAGGUAAAGGAGGCCUGUGCAAGGGAUGGAGUAAGAUGGACCCGAGACACACAGUGCCAGUGUGUGUUAGCCGACAAGGUCAUGUAGAUGGAAGCGUUAUAAUAAUAUGGUAACUAUGGUUUUGUUAUUGUGUGUCUGUGGAAGGCAAUCAUAAUAACAUAAUACUGUGAUACUUAAUUUACUGACUUGAUCCACACAUCACUGACCUUUUCCUCUGGUAUGCAAAUGUGUUUUUUAAAGCUCAUUAAAAAAGCAACUCUUCAUAACAUGUACCAAAGAUGCAACAUAUGCGGUGCCUAAGCUCAUUACAUUAGGAAUGCCUUGUAAAACUCUUCACAGUCUAAUAAAUUUAACACUUAAACCUUGAAUAUAAUUACAAUUUGAAAUUACAAAAAUAUACUUUUAAUUAAAACCUCUUCAGAUUUAGUUUAAUAAUGUGAUUACUUCUCAGGCCUAGUAGUAUUUCAGAGACGGGUAUAGAAUAAGAAGAAACGUUCUCUGCAUCCCUGUUUUUUUGAUCAUCUGACAAAUGAAUUGUCUACAGUAGUCCAUUUCUACUUGGACAUGUGAAAGCUUUGCCAUAAUUUUUAUUUCUAUUUAUAUGUUUGCUAGCAUGCUUGGUAGAGAGCCUAACUGCUUAGUGAGUGAGGGCCUUUGGACCUAUCAGAAAAAAAAAAGAAUGUGGGGAUUACGUGUUGGAGAGACAU